UAAUCCCUUCUUCAACUUCAUGAUCAGUUCUUCAGGUAUAAAACCCCUUUCAAUAAUCUCACACUUUGUUUCCUUGGGACUUACGGUAGUACCUUACCUAAUUUAUGUUUCUUCUUUCAGAAUGGGUCUCAAGCUCUCGAGAGGGCCUGUAAAAGAGAAAUCAACUCUAGGACUAACGAGGGUUCACAUUCUGACCUACCUUACAACAAGUUAUUAUCUACGUAGCUUGGUCUCCAAGAAACGAAGACGGUUAAUCAUUGGUGGAUAUGAUCUUGACAUGUCUUAUAUCUCUGACAAAUUGUUGGCUAUGUCCUUUCCUGCUGAACGAAUGAGAGCAGUUUAUAGAAACCCUCUUUGGCAAGUCAAGUCUGUUCUCGAUAUGCGACAUCCUGAUCACUACAAGGUCUAUAAUCUAUGCAUAGAGGAAUCUUAUGAUCCAGAAAACUUUUAUGGCCGCGUGGAACGAUUUCCGUUUGAUGACAAUCAUGUUCCGUCUCUCAAAAUGAUCCAACUUUUCUGCGAAAGUGUUUAUUCUUGGCUCGCACAAGAUCCCAAGAACAUCACGGUUGUUCAUUGCAUGGCAGGAAAAGGAAGAACAGGGUUAAUGGUAUCGGCGUACCUUGUCUAUGGUGGGAUGUCAGCUGAAGACGCUCUUGAGAUGUAUGCAAGAAGAAGAACAACAAACAAUAAUGGAGUCUCAAUACCAAGCCAACGUCGUUAUGUGAAAUAUUGGUCAGAUUUACUUACGUUCCGUUUAAAGGGACCUCCGGAGGUUAAAUUACCCCAAGAAGAUAGCAGAGAGUUGCUGAGGAUUAGACUUUAUGAUACAGCUAACGUUGACUCCGUUUUCUUUGUGGUCUCAGAACUUCAGGAGGUUCCAGGUGAGAUGUAUCGACCAUCUGUAGAACUUGCAAGAGGUUGUUGUAGACAAUUCAAGAAAGGGUAUUGUAGAAGUUUGAGUCCACGGUAUUAUAUAUCUCAUGUGAACUCUGAUUCGCAAGAUGAUGAGGCAGUGACAGAUGGAGAAGAGGCACGUCUUGUUGUUCAAAUGGAUACAGAGAGUUCCAUCAUCGACGAGAAAACAUGUCUUGAUUUUUACUUUGACAAACCUGUGAGAGUGAGUGGAGACAUACGCAUCACAUUCUACCAGAAAAUGAUUGGAAGCCGCCUUUUUUAUACUUGCUUUAACACAGCUUUUAUAACCAAUGGCUUGCUUCAGUUUUCCAUCGGAGAGCUAGACAAAGUUGGUGGCAACGGAAGAUCGAUAUCUGGUCCGGAUUUUAGCUUGGAGUUACUCUUUGGCCCAGCUAGUUCAAAAUUCGGGAAGUUUCUUUCCCGUGAUGACCUUUCGCUCUCUUAAGCCUCAUUAUCAGCUCGUACAAAAUCGAAAUAGUUGAAGCUCACCGGAUUCGGCCACAAAAGAGGCCUGAAUAGCUCAGCUGAUACCUGCAAAACACUCCAAUGGCUGAAAACAGAGUUUCCAUGUACAAAUGCAGAGACAAACGGGAAAUUUUCAAAGAAUAUCAGCAAAUGAACCACUUUCUCAACAAUGUGUUUUCUUUUUGUAGCAGGGAGUGCAAUUUUGGUAAAUGAUAGACAGU